AUGGAAAAAGUCAAUGUAUUUGGCAACGGGAUCGUCAAGACCAUCGCUGCUGGCAUCGGGUUCGCAUCCGAGAGCGUGAGUUGCUACAAGGAGAAGAAGCUUGAGGAAUACAGUUCCGAUAAAGGGAGCGUCGGAAAAGCGGUUCGAAAAUUAAGACCACCUCCUCAGCAGCCGCCACAGCAUUUAGAAAUCAACAACAACAGAACAUGGGAAUUGGACGAUGCUCAGGAGAGAAUGGCACCUGUGGCGACCCCGGCGAAGACCAAGAAAGAACUGGAAGAACGAGAUACCAACAAGAUCAUAGAUUCAUUCAUCCUCAGACAUCCCGCUCCAGAGACACAAGAUGGUAAAUAUCCAGCCCUUCAAAGUCUUUCUCUCCCAGUCAUUUUGCCGCAGAAGAGACCAAAAGAUCGAUCUCGAGGAUUCGUCAAAGCAUAUGCACCAGCACUUGAGCAGUCAGGUAUAGACCAAGCCACGUUCCUCGACUUCCUUGAAACUUUUGAGCAAGGCAUACGAGUAUCUCCGUGGUUGGAAGCCAUCAACCUGGUCUCACUUGCUGCAUUGUCUCUCCCGAUCCCAGAGGCCAUGGCUAUCGACAUAGCUUGCAUGGUCGUCGUUGAGACUGCCACCACUAUACAAACCAGGACUAGGUUCGUAGCCCAGAAAUCAGCUUCGGUGUCUGAGAUGUCCCAAGCUAAAUUUAUCAGGGGAAAUGACCUGCUAUCGAAAUUCAAUGUGGAGUUCUUCCAGCCUCGAGGCCUGUUCUGUUUACUCAUGACUUUGAACACAGAGACUGGAUCCAAGGUGCAGGAGGAGCUUGCUGUCUCGUCAAUAGUCUCCAGGGCCCGUACCAGUCUUUAUGAGGACAAAAUCGCCCAGAAAGCGCGAAACUUACGUCGAUCCGAUGGAUCGACCAGUUCGGCUCCUCAAGCCGCUCCUCUCAUUUUCCCAGGGCUGGAUGAGCUGGCUGCAAAGAAUGACGAGAAAUCAAAGAAGAAGAAAGAUUCCUUGCAAUCUGCAUCCGAGUUUGUAGGUAGGUACCUUGAUAAGAGGGCUGUGGCAAAAUACGUAAGCUCAUGGCAAUGA